UUUUUUAUUGACUGGCAAUCACAUGUUCACAGACUGCUAAGCAGUCCCUGCUAGUCAGGGGGAUCACUUGCAGCAAUGAAACUAAUGCUCAUUCCGUUCCUGUGCUUAUAUUGUUUCUUAGGUUCUGCAAACCUUGCUCCAAUUACUGAUGCAGAUUGUGAUGACCCCAAUACCUUUGAGGUAGUAGGUGAGGUGCUCAAGUCCUUCAAUGAUGCAAAAGAAGAUGGAAACCAGUUUAGCCUGCACAGAGUCACAGAUGCCAAGAUACAGCAUGAAAAUGACAUCCAAACACAUUAUUUUGUGACUUUUGAAACCAAAGAAAACAUGUGCGCAGUGAAGAGUGGCAUACCUUGGGAAAGAUGUUCCUUCAAGACAUAUCAAGCAGCUAUGGGAGACUGCUCAGCGCAUAUCCUAGUCAACACAGUGCUAAAGACCAAAGAAGUUUUAUCUCGCAAUUGUUCUAGUGAUAAAGGUGGUCAUAUCUCACGAGAACCAGUUGUAGAGCCUACUGUGAUUGUUGCUCUUCAAAAGUGCCUGGGAUGUUCUCUACCAAUAGACACCAACAGCGAGGAGCUGGCGCCAUUAGUGCAAGCUGCAAUUGAGAAAAUGAACAGACAGGGAAACCAUCCAUUCCAUUUUGACCUAGAGAAUAUUGUGAAGGCUGAACGUCAGGUGGUCAGCGGGUGGAACUACAAUCUGAUGUUUGAUGUUAGACAAACCAACUGCUCUAAAAGUAUAUAUCCUAAUUUCACUUCAGAAGAAUGCAAACUUGAUAUCAAUGGGCAAAGCGGCUGGUGUAAUGCGGAUGUGUUUGUGGCUCCAACGGAACAAAUAAAAGACUUAUCUGUACAAUGUACUACGCACACCACGGAAUUUUGCCUUACCUGCCCAGAUCACGUGGAAUCUAAUGACCCUGAGCUGCUGAACCUACUGAACCAAUUCAUUACAGAAUAUAAUUCAGACCAUAACCACACAAACCUAUAUAAAAUCAGCCAUGUUGGCAUCGCUACCAGAAAGUUGGCUGCAAAUAAAAAAGAGUAUGGAGCGAGUCUCAGUAUUCAAGAGACCAACUGUUCAAAACCUGACCACUUCAUCCUGGGAGAUGACUGUGCCAUUCAGCCACAUGGUGUACAGUUGUCAUGUAGCCUGAGAAUUAAUGUUACAAAUGAAACAGUGAACAUCUUGCCAGAUUGCAGAAGUGUACAUCUAAGUUUGGUGGAAUCAAGGAUCACUGUAAAGGGGUUCUCUCCUCUCCGCUCAGUGCCAAUUAAUUUAGAGAGAUACACACGUUCACUUGAGAAAUCAAAAGGUGGGGGUCAUGGACCGAACCACAAAGAAGAGAAACAUAGAAAAAAAGAACAGAAAAAAGACAAAGGGAAACAAAAACAUGACAAUACAGAACAAUCUUCUGAAGAGUCUAAUGAAGAAGACAGCAAGAAACCAGAUAGAAAACAUCCAGUACCAUCCAGACAUCCACAAUAUGAAAUUCCCAAAUUACCAAAGACAGAUGGCAGCAUUCUAUUGACAACAAUCAAACAACUGGUCAAAGAUAAACUUCCAAUUCAGCCAGUGACACAGAGCCCUAAGCCAUUCAUACCCACGUCCCCAAUAAUACCUGUGGUACCAGAUCAUGAAGGAACUAUCCCAAACGUUCAUGAGAUGGUUUUAUUAGAUCUACCACAGCCAUCAUCUACAAAUAUUCCAAAAUGUCCCGGCAAGGUGUGGCAACCAUUACAGUUUGUUCCACAGAUUCCUACACAGAAACCCUUUAUUAUUGGUGAUUUUGAAUUUACUGUUGAUGAUCUAGCACCUCCAAAAACUCCAGAUCAGUUACCCAGCGAAAGCCAGCCUAAUUUGUUCAAUGAUGAAGAUUUACUUGCAGGCCUGGAUUUCUGAUUCUUAAAUAGCAGUUUAUGACAUCAAAAUAAACUAUUCAUGUAAAUUAGCCCAAUUUUAAAUCUCAUCAGAACCAUUACAGGUUUUAAAUAAAAGUCAAAACAUUGAAA